AUAGGCGGUUAUGAUCCUGAUGUACGAACCUGGGGAGAAAUGGUUGCCACGAAAACAACUUUUGUAUACGAACUUGCCAGCAAGAAUUGGACCAGAAUGGGGGACAUGCGUUGUGCACGAUCUCACCAUAGCCUAUUAGUUUUUAAUGAUGUUUUGUAUGCUAUUGGAGGAAGAGAUGACAUUGGCAGACUGGUAUCUUCUGUUGAGUCUUACGACCAUGAAUCGAAUGAAUGGACCAUGGAAAAGUCCAUGCCUUCACCACGAAUGGGAAUGGCAGCAGUUGCUCAUGGAGGGUACAUUUGGCUUCUGGGUGGACUUACGUCGAUGACAACGGAAGAACCUCCAGUGUUGGAUGAUGUUCUUUGUUAUGACCCAGUCUUCAAACAUUGGGUAGAUGGCCGGCCAUUGAGAAUUGGCAGGGCUUUUGGGAAUGCUGCUGUGUGUGACAACAAAAUCUGGUUGUGUGGAGGCGCAGCUCCUUCUACAGAUGAAAAUAACUAUCUUGUAAGUGUACCAGCUAUAGAUGUGUAUGACGAAGAAACUAUGGAAUGGAAACAAAAAACUUCAUUAGGAUGUCCUCGACAUUCUGCGAUAGUUGUUGCAUUAGAAUCCUGUCUUUACAUUGCUGGCGGGGUUAAUAGCCACGAACUGAGCGCUACUAGUCGAAAUGAACUCUAUAUGGUAGAUAAUGACACCAUUCAAACUGUCAGGGAGUUGCCUAUUCCCCUGACAGGAAUGGCUGCUGUUACAAUACCACCCAAAUGUGUAACAUUCCGAAGUGAAAGUCUAAGCAUCAUGAUACGUCAUAAAGUCACGCCGUAAGAGUACCAUCUUCGAACGUCAAAUGAAGAUGACAAUAAAAAUUUUAUUUUUGCAUCUAUUACUAAAAGAAAAAUUAUAUAUGUUUAAAUCUUCAAUGUAAAACCAGUUAUCAAAAAUUUUAAGUGUAAAACUAGUUUUGACAAAAUCUAACGAAAUAGACUUCGAAAAAUCGACCUGUUAUCUUAGGUAAAUCUAUCAGUGCAUUACUUAAUGUGUUACUUAAAGAGAAAUUAUACUGACGCACCUGUAGCAGUGCCUUACUUUCUAGAGAAAGUUUGUAACAUUAUCUUGCUAAUAGUUUAAUUUUAGAUUGAAAAAGGCCUUACAUGUAUGAUAUACGUUGAUAUUAAAAUGUAAAAGAAAGUUAACAAUGUUAAUACCUCAUACCUCUGUAUUUUUGCCCAAAAAUAAAAUUGAUUUUUAAAGCGUA